AUUUGAGUAUUGAGUUCAUUAGUGAGCGGGGACUAUAAUGAUCUCAUGAUGUUGGCGUUAGUAAUAGGUUUUAGUAUUUUAGGGCUUUUAGGAACUAGUGCUCAAAUUGUACAGGAUGGACAGUGUAACCCUGACAUCGGUUUGCAGGCAGCCUUCAAUAUUGAUAAUUUCCUCGGCGACUGGUACGAAGUCGCCAGAGCAGACAACCCCCAACAAGAUGGCGACUGUUCUCGUCUCAGCCUGACCAGAGAUGACGGCGGUGCGGUCAACAUCAGCUAUGAGUCUGUCAACCGCAACUUCAAUGAGGAGAUCAAUGGCACCGUCAGCCAGGAAGAGGGGACCGCUAAACUGUCUCUCAACUUUAAUGGAUUAGAGUCUGUCGACUUUUGGGUUCUAAUGACGGAUUAUAACACUUACGCCCUAACUUACCAAUGUGUCAACAUAAAUGCAAAUCAAAGAGCUGUAAACAUCUGGCAAUUGGGCAGAGGCCAAACAUUCACCGACCUGUUCCUCGCUCUAAUGAACACCACUCUGAACAAUCUCCUCGGCAUCAACUUAGAUCAGCUAAGAUCCACGGAUUUCGGGGAAGAAGCCUGUUAUGCACUACCCGUGAUUGAGGAGAACCAACCAAUUGUGCUCCCUGGGCAGUGUGAUCCCAACUUACCUGUUGUAACCUCUUUAGAUGUUGAGAGAUUCAGCGGACUGUGGCACGAAAUAUCAAGUUACUACUCAGAAAACGCCCUCGGAACUUGUGCCAGGGCCGAAUACACCCUAUCAGGUGCCGCGGUCAACGUUGUCAACAGUCAGGUGGUCAACCAGGGACUGGAAGUUAUCACGGGAAACGCGACGGUCAUAGAUCCCAAUGGUGGUGGAAAAUUAUCGGUGACUUUGGAGGUAGUGCCUGGUGUAUUUGUAGAUCAAGAACUUUGGGUAUUGGAUACAAACUACAGUGACUAUGCAGUACUAUACAGUUGCAUCAACCUACCAAAUAACCAGAAACGAGUAUUCAGUUGGAUAACAAGCCGAACGAGAGUUCAAACCGAAGCAGCCAGGGCAGCGGUCACAGAAGUGGUGGACUCGAUUAUGGACCUCAACUAUGUAUAUUAUGACGUAACCGACCAGACGGACGACGGGUGUUUCUACUACCCUGAACACGUGAUCGACCAGCCCGUGGUGUUUAGGGGCUCUUGCGAUAUGAGCAUACCGGCCAUGGCCGAUUUUGAUGCUGAAAAAUAUAUGGGAUUAUGGCACGAAAUCGAAUCUUAUCCGUCAGCGUUCCAAACCGGCACUUGCAAUAAUGCGAGGUAUACACUAGACGCGGCGCUUGGCGUCGUCGAUGUAUUCAACACCCAAGUUAUUGACCAAUCGCUGGACACCAUUCGUGGAAACGCCACUAUAGCAGAAGACGCAGAUGGCACUGGAAAGUUAGUUGUUACCUUCCCAAUCGCAGGAACACCGUUGACGACUUCAACCGACUACUGGGUGUUGGACACCGACUACGAAAACUACGCUUUAGUUUACACCUGCUACAAUAUUGACCCCGACACCAGAGGAGUUUGGAGUUGGAAGCUCAGCAGGACUAAAGAGCUAUCAGCCGAGGCCAACGCCACAAUCAAUGCUGUCAUUGCAUCGAUACCUGUUUUGGACGACCGUUAUUAUCAAAUAAGAGACCAGAGUCCUGAUGGAUGCUUCUACUAUCCCGUACCUGAAUCGGGAGUACCCGUGAUCUUUCCGGGACAAUGCGACGAGGGGAUCGCUGCUGUGCCUAACUUUAGUUUGGAACAGUUUCAAGGAGUGUGGCAUGAAGUGGAAAGUUAUCCAAAGACCGAACAAACAGGAGAGUGCAUCAACCAUGAAUUCACACAAACCGCGGGCAACACGUUGAAUCUUCUGUCUUCACAAGUUGUUGACCAGUUCCUGACUGUUUCUUCUGGAAAUGUAUCUUUCACUUCUACUGAUGGAAGUGCAAGAUUAUUAAUAACUUUAGUCUCAGGUGGUCAAGUGAUCGAGAUUCCUUUUUGGAUCCUGAACACUGACUACAGUGGCCAUGCAUUGGCUUACAGCUGUGAAAACAUCGAUAGCGAUUAUCGAAUGAUAUGGAGCUGGAAGCUCAGCAAAACAAAGCAGCUCUCAGAAGAAGCUAGCGCAAUCAUCGAUGAAGCUAUUUCAAACAUUGAUGUGCUUAGCAAUGAAUACUAUGAGCGCGUGGACCAAACCGACUCAGCCUGCUUCUACCUACCUGAUUUGGCGCCUGGGGAGCCCGUUUUGAUCGUUGGACAAUGUCAAACUGAUAUUCCUGUUGUACAGAACUUUAACGCUACUUUGUUUUCUGAUCGCUGGCGUGUAAUAGAAAGCUACCCGGUAGACUCCUCGAUAGGAACAUGUGACGAUACAACAUACACAAUUGAUGGGGAAUAUCUGCGAGUAGUCCACACUCAGGUUAUCAACGAACGACUGAACACCAGCCAGGGGUCUGCGAAUCUAGUGGCAGUUGGGAAUGAGGGAAAAAUUCUGGUUACUUAUCCUAAUGCUGACCCGGUUGAAUAUUGGGUACUUGAUACGGACUACAUCUCAUACGCUAUUUUAUACGCCUGUGAAAAUGUAGACACCGAAUGGAGACGAGUAUGGAGUUGGAAGCUGAGUCGCACCACGGAACUGACGGAGGCAGCUGUGGCUAGCAUCAACCGGAUAAUCGACAGCGUCGACGUCCUAAACAACCGCUACUUCCAAGCGAUCGACAAUUCUGACGCCGGCUGCUUCUACUACCCUUAUGCUGAUGGCAACCCCGUCGUGUUCAGAGGCCAGUGCAAUGAAAGCAUCCCUGUAGUGACUGAUUUCAAUGUUACUAGGUACAUGGGUCUGUGGUACGAUAUCGAGAGCUACCCCCAAGCAUUCCAAGAUGGAACCUGCGCGACUGCGACCUACACACUAUACGACGUGGUUGAAGUAUACAACACUCAAGUCAUCAACGAAACCUUGGACUUCAUUUAUGGAAGCGCUGUCCCUGAAAAUGACGACGGAUUAGCGAAGUUACUUGUGACUUUCCCUAUAGCUGGAACUGACUUUACCGUCACCACUCAAUACUGGGUGUUGGACACGGAUUAUGAAAACUACGCAGUCGUCUACUCAUGUGCUAACCUCAAUGACGAAUCGCGCAGAGUAACAAGCUGGAAGCUUAGCAGACAGAAAACUUUAACUCAAGAGUCAGAAACAGCUAUAGACGCAGUAUUAGACAGCGUCCAAGUUCUCAGCCAGGAGUACUUCGUGAACAGAGACCACACUGACAGUGGGUGCUUCUACUUCCCUGAAGCGGAGGCUGGCAAGCCUGUGGUCUUCCCGGGACAGUGCGAUGAGAGUAUCCAAGCGGAACCGGAUUUUAAUUUUGAUCGAUUCUCAGGAUUAUGGCACGAAACAGCCGCCUACCCCAAAGUAGAGGUGGAGGGACAAUGCAUUAACUACGACUUCAGAACUGCAACUGCUGACUCCUUCAGUCUGUACACGGCUCAAGUCAUUGGCCUAGACCUAGACGAGAAUAACGCAACUGUAGUUCGCACUUCGACUGACAACAGCGCUAAGUUCACUAUUACCAUUACCUCUGGUGGAAACACAAUCCAGAUACCUUAUUGGAUUUUGUCAACCGAUUACGAGAACUAUACUUUAGCAUACAGUUGCAGGAACAUCGACGCUAACUAUAGAGAAGUGCAUAGUUGGAAAUUAAGUCGCACUAAGGAAAUGACACCAGUAUCAGAAGAAGCCAUCAGAAACGCUAUGUCAGACAUCCAAGUCUUAGACGACCGCUACUUCGAAUCGACCAGCCAAAGCGAUGAGUCUUGCUUCUACCUUCCCGUGCUGGGUCCAGAAGACCCCGUUGUAUUCGUUGGACAAUGUGACCCUAAUAUUCAAGUCAUUCGGGAUUUCGAACCGACUAGAUACGAAGGUCGCUGGCGCCUCAUCGAAAGCUACGCUUCAGAGUUCCAAACUGGCACCUGUAGCGAUGCCACUUACACCAUUCAGAACGAUGGCUCCGUCUUAGUUUACAACACGCAAGUCGUCGACGAGACUCUGGACACUAUCACCGGAUCAGCUGUUCUUGCCACUGCCGACGGCUCUGGGAAACUACUAGUGACCUUCCCUGGAGCUCCUGAACCUGUGGAGUACUGGAUUUUGGACACAGACUAUUUGUCAUACGCGUUGGUCUAUAGUUGCGUCAACCUGAACAGCGAUCAAAGGCGAGUGUGGAGUUGGAAGAUGAGUCGCACGACAGAACUGUUGCCGGAAGCGGCGACCAACAUCAGCCGUAUAGUCGACAGCAUCAACGUAUUGAACGACCGUUACUACCAAGAGGUCGACAACACUGACGCUGGCUGCUUCUACUACCCCACUCCUGACGGCAACCCCGUCGAGUUCAGGGGCCAGUGUAAUGAGAGCAUCCCUGUAGUGACUAGUUUCGAGAUUAACAGAUACAUGGGUCUGUGGUACGACAUCGAAAGUUACCCCCAAGCAUUCCAAGAUGGAACCUGCGCGACUGCGACCUACACACUAAGUGACAGCGGUGUCGUAGUAUACAAUACUCAAGUCGUUAAUGAAACUUUGGACGAUAUCUAUGGAACCGCUGUGCCGGAAAACGACGAUGGAUUGGCGAAGUUGCUUGUGACUUUCCCUAUCGCUGGAACUAACUUGACUGUCACCUCUCCAUACUGGGUGCUGGAUACGGACUAUAUUAACUACGCAGUGGUCUACUCGUGUGUCAACCUUGGUGACGAUGCUCGUAGAGUAUCAAGCUGGAAGCUCAGCAGGCAGAAGACCCUAUCACAGGCAUCAGAAAUAGCAAUCAGAGAAGUAGUAGACAGCGUGCAAGUUCUCAGCGACCAAUAUUUCGUGAAUAGAGACCACACUGACAGUGGGUGCUUCUACUUCCCUGAAGCGGAGGCUGGCAAGCCUGUGGUCUUCCCGGGACAGUGCGAUGAGAGUAUCCAAGCGGAACCGGAUUUUAAUUUCGAUCGAUUCUCAGGAUUAUGGCACGAAACAGCCGCUUACCCCGAACUACAAACGGAGGGUCAAUGCGUCAACUACGAGUUCACAACAGCGACUACAGACUCCUUCAGUCUGUACACUGCUCAAGUUAUAGGCCUGGACCUUGAUGUGGCUAAUGCCACUUUGGUUCGAGCUUCUACUGACAACAGCGCUAAAUUCACUAAAAUUAUUGGCUCUGAUGACAUCCAGAUACCAUAUUGGAUUUUGGCAACAGACUAUCAGAACUAUGCUCUUGCAUACAGUUGCCGGAACAUCGACGAGAAUUAUAGAGAAGUAUACAGUUGGAAAUUAAGUCGCACUAAGGAAAUGUCUGCUGAAUCAGAAGAAGCUACCAGAGAAGUCAUGGCAGGCAUCCAAGUUCUAGAUGAUCGUUACUUCGAAUCGACCAUCCAAAGCGAUGAGUCUUGCUUCUACUUGCCCGCGCUGGGUCCACAAGACCCCGUGGUAUUCGUUGGACAAUGCGACCCUAAUAUUCAAGUCAUUCAGGAUUUCAAUGCGACGAGAUAUGAAGGCCGCUGGCGUCUCAUCGAGAGCUACGCUUCAGAAUUCCAAGAUGGGACUUGCAACGACGCCACAUACACCAUUCAGAGCGAUGGCUCCGUCUUAGUUUACAACACGCAAGUCAUCAAUGAGUCUCUGGAUACCAUCACCGGUUCAGCUGUGCUAGCCACUGCUGAUGGGUCUGGAAAGCUGCUAGUGACCUUCCCUGGAGCACCGGAACCUGUGGAGUACUGGAUUUUGGAUACAGACUAUGAAUCAUACGCAUUGGUCUACAGUUGCGUCAACCUAAACAGCGAUCAAAGAAGAGUAUGGAGCUGGAAACUCAGCCGGACCACGAGCUUGACAGACGCCGCUGUUACCGCCAUAGAUGAAACCAUCGCUGCCGUGAAUGUCCUCGACGCCCGCUACUACUCUUCGAUGGACCACUCAGCCACCGGCUGCUUCUAUUUCCCAGUUCCCGACGGCAACCCGGUCACAUUCCGGGGGCAGUGCGACCAGACCAUAGAAGUUGUUUCAGACUUCGAGUUACAAAGGUAUAUGGGCGUCUGGUACGACAUCGAGAGCUACCCACAAGCCUUCCAAGACGGCACUUGUGCUACAGCCACCUACACUCUCAAUGGGGACACUGUGACCGUCUUCAACACACAGAUCGUUGAACAACUUCUAGACAGUGUGAAUGCUACCGCUGUACAAGCGGCCAACGACGGACAAGCGAAAUUCAUCGUCUCUUUCCCUGUCCCUGGUUCUGACUUGACAGUGGACGUACCAUAUUGGGUGUUGGAUACUGACUACAGCAGCUACGCGCUGGUCUACUCUUGCAGUCAAAUAAAUGAGGAAUACAGAAGUGUAACCAGUUGGAAACUCAGCCGAACGAGAGAACUAACGCCAGAAGCCCGAACUGCUAUCAACGCCGUAAUAGAGAACAUCCAAGUAUUAGACAACCAGUACUACAACGAGCGAGGGCAUACAGAAGAACAGUGCUUCUUCUACCCUGACAACUUCGGAGGGCCGGUGGUGCUGAAUGGACAGUGUGAGCCGCAAAAUGUUGUGCAAAACUUUACUCUCAAUUUGUUUGCUGGCACAUGGCACGAAGCAGCCCGCUUCCCAUCCGACUCCCAAACCGGCGAAUGCGCCGCCAAUGAAUUCACGAUCAACGACAACUCCUUUGUGUUGACGCAGACCAUUGUGUACAAUGAGAGGUUGACCACGGUCUCCGGACCAGCUGUUGUGGCUAGCGAUGGCAGUGGUGUUAUUACUGCUACGCUGCAGAAUGAUGAAGGAGUCUCCGUUGAUGUGGAGCUUAGCAUCUUAGACACGGACUACACGGAAUACGCGUUACUAUUCAGCUGUGUGAAUGUAGAAGAGACCAGCAAACAAAUAUACAGUUGGAAAAUGAGUCGCACCAGAUCAGGUCUCUCCCAAUCAGCCAACGACAUAAUAGACGAAGUGGUCAGACAAAACGUGGACCUCCACGAGAAUUAUUACGAGCCCAGUGACCAGAGCUAUGACGGAUGUUUCUACUACCCCGUCUUUGAGGAAACGCCUGCGGCUAUCGUGUUGCCGGGGCAUUGCGAUGAUAGGAUCCAAGCCAAGGCCGACUUUGAUGUUGAGGCUUACCUCGGCAGAUGGUUUGAAAUAUCCAAAUACCCGCAAAGGGACCAAGUGGGCGAAUGCUCCCGCGCACACUAUAGCCCUGGACAAGGCGAUGCUCCAGUAUAUGUGAUGAACACAAUCGUCUACAACCAAACCCUGGAGACGAGGGAAGGAACGGUAGUGCUGCACAGCACUGAUGGAAGCGGCCUUUUGUGGGUCACCUUCGUUCUCGAUAAUGGAGUGGUUGCGGAAACGAAUUACUACGUUCUGGAAACUGACUACAUAAACUUCGCUCUCGUCUACAGCUGCAGGGACUUAGACAAUGGCGACAGCGAAGUAUACAGUUGGAAGCUCAGCAGAGAGCCAACCCUCAGCGACGCAGACAACAACAUAAUCGAUGACGUCAUAAGAAACACAAGAGGUCUGUUAGAAGAGUACUACGUACCGACCAGCCAAAGCGACGAGGAUUGCUUCUACGUGCCCGAACUGAAUGAAAACGCUGCGGUGCUCUUUAGAGGACAGUGUGAAAGUGUCACUGGCGUAGAAGGAUUUGAUGUGUCUCGGUUCGCGGGCUGGUGGCACGAGAUAGAGCGAUACCCCACAGACAGCAACCCAGGCCAUUGCACCAGCUCUCAGUACACCAGCGUUGGCAACACCUUCCAAGUGGUCGAUACCAGCGUAUUCGACCUCACAGGACAGAUCACCACCGGCACUGUAGUGGCAAGCGGCAGUGGCGUCCUGACUAGGACCCUGAGCAAUGGACAAGUCGAAGAAUUGGUUGUUCUGGCAACGGAUUAUGAAACAUAUUCGCUGCUGUACUCCUGUUCCAAUACUGAAGAUGGAGAACACAGGCGAGUAUGGAGCGCUAAACACAGCAAGCAGCAAGAACUGUCAGAAUCAGCUAAAACCGCGUUGGAGCCUAUAAUUGAAGCCAACAAAGUUCUGUACCCGCAAUUCUAUCUGCCAGUUGAUCAGUCCGAUGACGCUUGCUUCCAUUACCCUGAGCCGACUGGUCAAAAGGUCAUUCUUCGCGGACAGUGCGAUGACAACAUUCCGACUGUUCGGGACUUUGACGUUCCUUCGUAUACCGGCGACUGGUACCUCAUUGAGCAAUACCCCAACCCCCACGUCUCCGACUCUGGCUCGUGUGUGGGGGCUCGCUACACGUACGACUUUGAGACAGAGGAGAUCUCAGUUCUCCACUGGGAGGUCGUGGGAGGCAACCUUACCUCGAUCAAUGGCACCGCGAGCGCGGAUGGUGGAAAGAUAGUUUUAACUAUGGCGGUUCCAGACAGCGAUGACACUACAACUACCGAGUUGAAAAUCUUGCAGACUGACUACGCCUCAUACUCUCUGGCGUACACUUGCACAAACAUUAAUCAGUUCGAACGCGAAGUAACUGCCUACAAGUUCAGCAGAACGCGCUCCCUUCCAGCGAGUGCUGUGUCCGCUAUCAACUCAUACAUGGCGACGAGACAAGAGCUUCACCAGCCGUACUUCACCUCGGUGGACCAAGAUGAAGAAUGUCUGGAACCCAGCUCCGCGCUCCUGAUUCGCGGUAGCUUCGUAGUGUUACUAAUCUGCGCUGUUUGGCAGAUUUUAUUGUAAUUUAUUCGUAGGAACAUAUAGUUGCGUGACUUAUUAUAGAUGGAUUUAACGCAAUUUAAUUUCCUUAUUGAUAAAUGAAGGUACAGUCGACAUCCAAUAAAUUGGAGCGGUCAAGGUCUUCGCAAAUAAAGCCUGACCAGAAAUAUAUGACUACGCGCCAUGUUGCGGAAUUUCAUUAGAACUAUUUUCUUCAUACUAAACUUAACUGUCACCCCAUACAUCAGAAUAACAGCGCCCUCUUAACAAUAAUUAUAUUUCUGGUCAGGUUUUAAGUAGGUCCCUAGGUACUUACGUACAGUCAAACAAUUUGAAGCCCAGGCCACUGUAGAACCUUUCCACAGUAAAC